AAACUGCCUCGUAAGAAAUAGUACCUGCAUGGAGGCAAGCUGGCUUCAGUCCACAUGGACUCCUUCUGCUCCAAGCAGUCUUGAUGUCUCUUCUGAUGUUUUCCGUCAGCUGGAUGGAAAACUGCUCCCUGUGCUUCGGAUAGAAUGGAAAGUGGCCACUGAUGCUAGCAUCCGGUACCUCCGAGGGGCAGAGCUGGCUGUGAUGCAGGUGAACAGCAAUCGACAGGUCUGCGCCCGGUUUGACUUUCAGAACAACUUGACGCUUCAGGUCCGACCAGAUGGAGGCCGGUGGAAUUUCACUUUUGACCGUUUUGAAGUGGAACCCGGCCAGACUUACCAAGUGACUGUCUACCACCUGCCCAAACUGGAUGUAGACGGAGACUACAAUUGCAAGUCCAUGUCUGUCACAAUGCCUGACUGCAAGGACUCUCUGAUGAAAAGAACCAUCCCAUGUAUAAAGACAGGCAGCUUGUGGGAGCCCAGGAUCCAAGGUAAAGUUAUAGAUGAUACAAUUCUGCUCGUGAGCUUUAAUCCAUGGAUGGAGUCAACCCGAUACCAAAUUCAUGUGGCCAGUUUCCUGAAUGAGAAGAAGUGUAAAAUGAUCACACGUGAUUUCACUGAGGGUGGAUUGCAACAGCAAGUGAAUGUCACAAUCAAAAUAGAGAAGAACAUAAGAGCUUGCUGCAACUACAAAAUACAGAUUCAGCCAUUCUUUGUGAACUGUGGCACAGACUGUCUGAGACAUUCUGCUUUCAUCCCAUGUUCGUCAGCUCCAAGUACAGACCCAUCAGGUGAUAUGAUUAUAUGGCUCUACUGGUGUAUCACUGGGAUCUGUGUGUUACUGGUGGGAUCAGUCAUAGCAGGUGUGAUUUGGAUGACCAAAAAACGAGCAGGACGCUGGAGAGGGAAAUGCGACCACAAUGAUUUGCAGACCGCAGCACCAUAUACCGACCUUCCUCUGCCACCCUUGAAGCCCCGAAAGGUUUGGAUUGUGUACUCUGCUGAUCACCUGCUGUACGUGGAUGUGGUGCUGAAGUUUGCUGAGUUUCUGAUGACCGUCUGUGGCACUGCUGUAGCCUUAGAUCUGCUAGAAGAUCAUCAGAUCUCAGAGUUAGGGCCAUUGCCUUGGCUUACUCGGCAGAAGAAGGAAAUGGAAGACCUGUCUUCAAAGAUCAUCAUCUUAUGUUCACGGGGCACCCAGGCCAAAUGGCAGGCCAUGCUUGGGAGUGAGCCUGUGUGUCUCAAGCAAGAUCAGCAAAAGCCAAUGGGUGACCUGUUCACCCCAGCCUUGAAUUUGAUUCUGCCAGAUUUCAAGAAGCCAGCCUGUUUUGGAAUGUAUAUAGUCUGCUAUUUUGAGGGGAUAAGUAGUGAGAAAGAUAUACCUGAUCUGUUCAAUGUCACAUCCAGGUACCAACUAAUGGAUAAAUUUGAGGAUAUUUAUUUUCGGAUUCAGGACUUGGAGAAGUUUGAACCUGGGCGCAUCCAUCGAAUCCAGGAAAUCACAGCUGAAAAUUACAUCGAUACCCCUAGUGGGAGGAAGUUGAAAGAGGCAAUACAAAAGUUCAAGAACUGGCAGACAGAGCACCCAGACUGGUUUGAGAGUGAAACUGUCUGCUUGGAUAAUGAUGAGGAGUUGCAGUCCCUAAACAGAGAGCGCCAGGUGGAUUCAUUAAGUGAAUCGGGUGGAAUUGUGAAACACCAGCUGCACCUAUGGGAGCCUGACCCUGACUGCUGUUAUGUCAUCAACCUCCACAUGCAUGAAGGUGAAAGCAGAGGCUGUAAACUGCAACCUCGACUUAAUCCAUGUGGGGAUCCGACUUCUCAGACUAUGGUACUUCCUAUGGAUGAGGCUCCUCUAGUUCAGGUAGUAGAGCCAGUCUCUUCCACGGAAGAUGGAAAUAUACUUGGUCAUCAUGUGCUGAGUAAUGAAGACUUUAUGGAAGGAGUUCCUUUUCUGGAGACAAGCUUUCCAAUGAGGAAUAGCAUCAUCCUCCACAAUGACUCUGAAGUUUCAGCUAUAGAUGACCAGAGUCCUGCAAAUCUCUCAGGUGAACUGAGACACCAUCUGAAUGGGCUCAUGUACUCUCUUUACCAGCAGAGUGUAAUUCCUUCAGAGCCAUCUCUCUGCCAAGAGGAGGCUGACAAGCAAAACCAGUUGGUCUUUGAUGACCAAUGCAAAGACCAAAGACAGUCAGUGCAGUCAGACCAGGGCUACAUCUCUAGAUGUUCUCCUCUGCCUCAUGAUGACCUUGUGGAGGAGGAGGAGGAAGAGGAGGAGGAGAGUCAGGAAAAACAGAUGGUCUUCCAUGAACUCUCUCCAGAGGUCUUGAACAGUCUAAAGAGUCUUCAGCAGCAGCUGUUUUUCCAGGACAUUCAACGGAGCUCUGACUGGGGGUAUCAAGCUGAGGUGAUGGACACUGGCCAAGCUUUGGAGGACUGCUAGACUCUAUCUGGGACCUGCUCCAUUUGAAAUACAGGGAUGGAAGGUGGUACCAUGUGCAGUGCUGAAACUGCAUCUCCAACACCAUCCUUGUAUUAUCAGUGACUUACUGGUGGGAUCGUCCCGUCUGCUAGGAGGCAGGAUUGCCCACCAAACUGGUAACGUUGCUUCCAACUGCAACUCUAUGUGGAGAGAAGCAAUGAAUAUUAGCCACCACUGUGAAAGAACAGGCAAUAGUUGUGUUCCUUGGGGAAACGUAUGACAUUGAGUCCUCACUGAUGGAUGGCAAAAAAGUUGUGGCUCGUCCACUUGUGCCUUCAAAAUGCCCUCCAGCUGUACUGGUUCUACUGCACUGGAUAGAAGUCAUGGCCAGGGUUUGGAAAAUAAAUUUAGAUAACAUGACAAAAUUUGCAUUGCCAUUUUAAUACACACUUUUAAUUUUUUGUUGUAAAUACUGUGUUAAAGAUGUGCCUUAAACUUCAGCUAGGAUAGGGCUGUCUAUUUGUUUUUUCUUUUGCCACUCAUUCAUUCAUUUGCAACUUCAUUUCCAUGGCCAUUCAGUAACUGAGUGGGAUAAAAUUGUACAUGAGGAGUCUUCAUAUCUCUCCCUACUGGGAGAUAUGUGCUUGAAAGCCAACAGGAGGAAGGAGGGAAGAGGAAUAAUGGACUUACUAUACAAUUAUAAGAAGGAUCUAGGGCUGAAUACAGAAUUAACUGAAUCAGGGGAAUCUGGUGUAUUCUGUAAUGCACUGCUGCAGUGCUGUUUGCUUUUGGACAUCUUAGCACCAGGAAGACUUGAACUGAAGGUGUAGGUAGUGACAAGCAAUUAAGGACAUGGAAGACUGUUUUGGAGGAGAAAAAAACUGUAGCUUCAGCAGAUGCUGUUUUAGAUUAGAAAUUGUAACAGAGUUAGAGGAGGCUGAGCUAAAAUGUGUGUAAAACUUAUGUGGAUAUAAACUCAAGCACAUGUAGUUCAGAUUAACCAUUGUGAAAAAUAGAUUAAGGAGUUCAGUUCAUCUUCUGGGAGCAGUGAUGGUAUCAAUUCCAGUGUUUGUUAAAAAGUGGGCUUGAUGCCUGUGAUUGAUUGCAUGUUGGCCCAUUUAGUACUGACCAGGUGGCAGACUAGAUGAGGCUGGUGUUUAUGCUGUUUGUUGUCACAAUUUCUGCAGUCUGGCCCACUGGAUAACAGCUUGACAUGUAAAUACAUCCAGGCCUUUACCUUCUCUCUCUCUUUUGUGUUCAGACAAGCUUGUCAUCUUCCUCUCAAAUUUACUCAUCAAAAAAAUCUUAAGAAUUUUAUUUCAGCUUUUUAAAAAUCUGAUAUCUCAGAAGUUAAUUGUUCUUUUGACUUGCAACCAAUAUUGUGUUAUGUUUAUAAUUGUAUUUGUUGUUUUAUUCCUUAUGUGUUUUAUUCCUUAAAUUAAAAAACAAUAAUACUUUUGGAUAUAUUUACUUCAACAUGUUUAUGGCCUCAAUUCUAACUCCUUAUGUUAGUAUUUCCUGUAGUAAUCUGAGGCAAAACUGAGAGCCAGAGCUAAACUGGCUGACAACUGCCACAAUGUUCCUGCAAAGUGGUGCGGCUGUAUCCAGUUGAGCUGGAUACAGCUGAUGGCCUUUGGGUGGGAAGUGUGUGGUCCCUCUAAAUGGGUGUUAAAAGAUGGGAAAUGUUUGUAACUUUUGUGCAAGGCUGCUCAGUGAGGCAGGACAGUUAAGACAGCUUGCUUUCUCUGCUGCCAGAUGCCUAGAGACUAACAAAGGGACAGUCCCUGCACAGAUCCAGACUUAAGGCUGUGUGCCACCUUUGUUUCCUGUCUGUACAGGACCCACCCCAACAGGUCCUCCAACCCAGCAGCUUCAAUCUCAACGCUUUUCCAGUGAGAACCCAUUUCUCAGAUUAUGUGAAUGUCAUCUUGAUGAUCCCAUUUCUUAAAUUUUCUUUUAUUUUACAGCAAUUAACAUGUAAAUCUGAUUUUUUUUCUCCCUAUGAGCCUUUUUCAAGUGGUAUGAAUUCCCAGAAAUCAUUUAAAUCGGAAGCUCAGAAGUGUCAUCUGGAUUUUCUUGCAUUAGUCAUUCCCUUAUCAUAAACUCCCUUGGUGUUACAGCUUUUAGAAUUUGCUUUCAUUUGCAAGAAGUUUGUUUGAGGGGAAAAAUCUAGACACUUUUAGUAAUCCAACAUGAGGAAAUCCAGUAACUUUAAUGCAUCUGCUGGUCCCUGAAUGCAAAAUAGAAUAGCCCGGCAAGACUCAAAGGAGGGAAAAAAAUAGCAAAAUUGGUCACAAGUUUCUAAUUUUAUUUUAACAAUCUUGCUUUUUAAAAAAUACAAGUUCUGAUUAAUGCCAGGGGGAUGCCAAGUGUCAAUUGGCCACAGGCCCUGUCUCUCACUUCAGUUUCCCCUCCUGGGAGUAGUCAUUUUGUCAGGAUAGCAGAGAGCAAUAAAAUGCUGAAUAGCUGAGUUGUGUUACAAGGCUUGUAACAGAAUCCCAAGGGAUGUAUGUCUUAAUAUGGCAUGAGUUCGUUUAGCAAAGUGUUAUUGACCUGGACCAGUAUUUUAAUGCUGGCAGAAUAUACAACAGGUGUGCAAGGUGCGUUGGGUGAGGUAUUGUUUGCACUUUAAUGGUACCACUAUCUCUCUUCUGCAAAUGGAUCUAUUCUGUGGCAGAAGGGUUUAAAUGGAAGCGAGAGCUCAAUUACCAAAGAAGGGAAUUCAAAAGGAGGAGCAGGCUUAUAAACAAGAAUUUGAGGAGCUUUAAAUCUUUCUCUGUAGGAAGUAAUUGAAGUAGCAGGAGAGCUGUCUUUUUAGUUGCAAGGGGGCUUCUGGACAGCCAGCUACUCUGAGAGCUUUACGCUCUCCAAACAGCACAUUUACUAACAACCUAGAAACCGUGGCAAUACAAAGAGCCACUUUUUCUACAAAGCAAUUCUAUGCAACAGAAGCAUCAUUUUGCAGGGUCAUCUGACCCAGGCAACCUCUGCAUCCAUGGACAAAUUUGAACUGUGAUUUCGCUGUCAGUGGUUUAAAUGUGCCAUGGCUAGAUGAAUUUAAAAUAUGCCAUUUUCUCAAUAAUGUCUUAAAUGGAAAAAGGCACUUGCUGCUGAAACAGCAACUUAUGUGCUUUGAAGGGGUACUGAAGUAAGACUUUUUAGUAAUUCUGCUGUGAUUCUAGUGUCUCAACUAUGCUUACAUUUCGGUGUAUAAGGGAUGUUUGUCUACAUGCUUUGGUGCUAUUGUGAACUUAGCUGUAGGAACAGCAAAACAUAGUUGGGGGUGAAUAGCUUUUCUUUCGCCUAGUUUUUGGCAAAGUUGUUUGUUGUUUUCUUUUUUCUUCAGCUGUUUGAUGAAAGCAUUGUGUACUCCUAGGUACAGGUAUCCUCUCAUUCUUUCUUGAAUAAUACUGUAGUUUGUUCUUUCUGAGCUUUUACUCUGUUUAAUGCUGGAAAAGGAAGGUGCAAGGAAAUAAAUAUUUAUACAAGCAUAAUAUACCUGAUCACACCUCCUUUGGCCAGGAACUUAGCAUCCCCUCAACACAUCUCACAUCACAUAGGAAAAGUUCACAGUACCAAGUUUUACAAUCACAGUCACUCACAGCACCAAGAUUGUCCAGACAAAAAGAAGUUACUGAAGAGAAAGGCCACUGGCCAAAAUUCACACAAUUGCCCACAUAAGGGCUCAGGUUAAAAAUAAAGCACUGGUGGGAAAGUUAAGCCUAGCCUUUGCUCACUCUCCAUUUGGCGUGGGGGAGAGCAGUGAGUCACCCAUCCUAGCUGCAGCUCUGAACAGAACAGUGCUAUUGCCCCAUCUUUUCUAGGGGCUUUUUUUUGGCCCCUUGAAACUCCUCAGCCACCUGAGAGCUGGGGGAGAAGAGCCUGAUGGCACCCCCUCUUCUGCCCUAGGGGAGCUGGAAGUUACCAGACUGUAAACAUUUUGUUGUAGCAGUCCACUGGAGCAGGCAGUUGAUUCCCACUCUGUGAAAAGGGAGGUGGGACAGUCUCAGUCCCACUGAAGCCUGAGCCCUGAAGGAGAGAAUGGAUGUGAGUGCAGAAGUCUGGGCUGUGCCUGCAGUCCUGCUGUUGGCUCUGGGUAACAGUUGGUUGUGCUUCAUUUCCCCUUCCCAUCAGGACAGCUUGAAAAAAGGCUCGGGACAGGAAACGCAUUUUCCCAGUGAAAGCAGCCUUGCCCAGAUAACAAAAUAUAAGCCUGGGAGGGGUAAAGUCCUUCCUCCAAACGUGGCCUCUAUGCUCCUGUUUCCAUUUGGCUGGUGUCAGGAGCAGCUGUAGCCAGGCAGAAGAGCAGGCCUUAACCCCCACCCAACAUUCAUGGAGCUUAAAACCAAAGAUAACUGUGUUUCUAUGAGAGGUUACCAACAAUAAACUUUUUCCCCACCUACCCUUAACCACAUGCACAUGGAGGACAGGAUGCUGGUCUGUGGGCUUUCAGCAAAGCUCAGAGCCCCUCUGCCUCGAGCACUUUGCUUUUCUGCAUUGAAAAGUGAGGUUCACUGAGCACAGGGCCCACCCUGAGCAGCACUGACAUCCUCUGCCCCACUGUUUGAGUGGGGGCAUUUUGCAGGCUUUGCCCCAUCUCUUCUCUCAAACAGAUGCGGAAGGGGGCCAGAGGAAAUCUUUCCAGCCUUUCUGGCCGAUGUAAAGGGAGAUCCUGUGCUCUGUGUAAAAGAAAACCAACACUGAUCCCAUAAACAUGCAUAUUCACAGAGAAUUGAGAGCCCCGGCACCUGGGUGCUGCCCUCUGAAGCAAGCAGUAGGCUGCUGUAAACCCUGUUCUCACCAGAAGUAAAUGUCUCGGUGGUAGUGAAAUGGGGACUAAGCCCCUGGAUUAUGUUUCUUUAGCAUGUGAAGUCAACGGAAGAUGCAAAAGGUUGAAGCACAGAGGUAGACAUUUUCAGCUUGGAGAAAGUGGCUCCUAGGCUUGAAAUGACCAGAUGGCUGGUGUGCUCCCAGAGGUUCCCCAGCUGGUAUGCAAAGGCCCUCUGCAGCUCUGCUGCUGGGAAACAGAGGUGGCAGCUCUGCAAGUCCUAGCGAAACCAAAGCGUGCUUCUUUUCGGCAGCCCACACCCCGAGGGCACAUCUCUGCUGGUCAGGCCACUCUCACAUCUCAGCGUCGUGGUCAGCAGGAGUUCUUCAAGGAGGGGACAAAAUCCGCUGGUCCCUGUUGUUCAGGAGGAAAAGAUAAAAACGAAAUCUUUAUGGUCACAAAGCAACGUGAUGUCCUGGCGGGGAGCGGGAGGGGAAGAGUGGGACCCUCCAAACAGCAUGGAGAGGCAGAAGCACUAGAAGAAGACUCGUCGUGAAGGGAGGGUGCGUUUUCCGGGGACAAGCAUCAGCCGUAGGCUCCUGCGGGUAGUCGGGUUUGCGCUGAGCUUCCGCUGCUGGAUUUGUCCGCGGGAAAGGAAGGAGGGGAGCGGGAGUCCGACGGGGCCGCCCGCGUCCCCUUCCCCUGCUCGGCCACGGCGACGGGAACCUGAGCAGAAACGCCGAGAGACUCUGCCGGGAGCGGAGCGCGGCUGUGCGGCCGGGGGAGGGAGCAGGGGGGCGAGAAGGGGAGGGGGAGGAAGGCGCCCCCCUCCCUGUCCCCGGGGCUGUGACAGAGCUAGAUCUCAGGGGCACGGCACGGCUGCCUCCUGCCCCCCCAGACCCCCGUGAGUGGAGCCAGCCUGGCCUGGACACGUCACAGGCCCCCGGCACCCACUCCAGAAAAUCGGGAGUAUUUCAGUCUGCCCCGAUCUCUCUUGGCUGAGCAAGACAAGGGCCAGUGGCCUGGCGCACAGCCUACGGCCAAGCACCCACUUGUGGCUCCUCAUCUGUGGUGCUGGACAUUCGGCUGUCCAGACUUUAAGGCUGUUGUAAGUAAAUGAACAUCAAAGUAAAUGACACAUCUAAGUAAAUGGCUUUUAUCCCACCGAUCUUCCAUCUCCGGAGUUGAGCCAAACCACAUACUGAGGGCUCUGCCCAGCCUGCUGUGAUGGGACAGUGGCUUAACUUGAUGUGAAUAGCCCUAAAGUUCCUACUUCUACUGAGAGCACCAGCCAGGGCAAUUGGUAUUACUGACCCACUAAUAAAGGCCUUGACCUGAGCUUGGCUGGCUGGAUCUGUCACAGCACCAGCAUUAAUGAUGGUACAUCGUGUAUCAGGGUGGCUUGGUGCUUGGCAUCACCAGUCCCUCAUUCCUACCUGUGCCCUCUGGUGAUGAGCCGGGUGCUGCCUGUCAAUGAUGUGAAGCAUAAUGAACAAGCUCAUAACCAAAUGUCUGUAUUAACUACCCUUCCUGAUAGCCAAAAUGGCUUGACUUUUGAGGGUGUUGCUAAUCAACACACAGGGUUGAGCAAAACCCAGGUGCUUAGUACUGGGAAAGGACAUCCAGAACAGCAGUGACAGCUGUCUAAUAGAUGUUGGUGCAGGCUCCCUGAGGAGCCCUACUCCAGUGAAUGUCACUGGCUGCUCUUGACAACAAGGAGAAAUUGGUCUGGGGUACCAGGAGAAUUCACGCUUAAACCUGAAACAAAGAAAUAAUUGAGAAAGGAAAGGGGAGAACUUGGGGUGGGAUGACACAAAGAUUUCUUUAGACACAUAGCAAUAAAGAGGAAAAAUGGGAAGAAGAAUCACAGCAAAAGCAUUACUGUC